AGCGCUGGGCAAAUGUGUGUCGUGUUUGUGACUUGGUGUAUUUUGUUUUCUAAUAAUGCCGCUAUGCGUCAUAAAGGAAUUAUUAUUGUUUGAAACUAUUCUUUGAUCUUCCAACAUUCAUCAAUUUUGUGGCUUUGAUUUGGAACAAACAUCAACAUGACGGACGGAACAGAAAGAGCAGCGUUAGGAUACGAACACACUUUGAUGUUCGGUCAGUAUAGAGAAGAUCUAGGAGAAUAUGCCAAAUUAGAAGCCACAAGACUCAAAAAUCUUGAAAAACACAGGAAAAAGGAAGAAAAGCGUAGGCAACAAGAACUUAAACCUUAUAGAAAUGCAAUUCACAGAAAACUUGUUGCUUUAUGGCAAUGUACUUUUGCACGAUUUGGAGAAGACUGGUUUUUCCUAGCUUUCCUUGGAGUAAUAUCCUCAUUAUUAAGUUUUUCUAUGGACUAUGCUAUAUCUAUGUGUCAAAAGUCACGUAUUUGGCUAUACAGAGAUUUGACUGCACAUCCAUUUUUACAGUAUUUAGCAUGGGUAGCUUUGCCACUUUGUCUUAUCCUCUUUGCAUCAGGUUUUGUACAUAUUACAGCACCUCAAGCUAUUGGGUCAGGAAUUCCUGAAAUGAAAACGAUUCUCAGAGGCGUUGUCCUUAAAGAAUAUUUAUCAUUCCGCACCUUAAUUUCAAAAGUUGUUGGUUUGACUUGUACUUUAGGUAGCGGCAUGCCUCUUGGAAAAGAGGGUCCAUUUGUACAUAUUUCUAGCAUUUUAGCAACAAUUUUAAGUAAAUUGGUCACAUCUUUUAAAGGUAUACAUGAGAAUGAGUCUCGUGCAAAUGAAAUGCUGGCUGCAGCAUGCGCUGUGGGUGUUGCAUGUAGUUUUGCUGCUCCGAUUGGAGGUGUUCUAUUUAGUAUAGAAGUAACAAGUGUUUAUUUUGCUGUGAGAAACUACUGGCGUGGCUUUUUUGCUGCUUGUUGUGGUGCUAUGGUAUGGCGUUUGUUAGGUGUAUGGUUUAAAAAUGAAGAAACUUUGACUGCAAUAUUUAGGACGAAUUUCCAUAUAGAUUUUCCUUUUGAUCCACAAGAGCUUAUUGUUUUUGCCGGAAUUGGAGCAGUAUGCGGCUUAGGUGGGGCAUUCUUUGUUUGGUUUCAUCGUCAAAUUGUUCAUUUCAACAGAAAACAUAAAAGGAUGAAUGCUUUUCUGCAGCAAAAUCGCUUCAUAUAUCCAGCUUUAAUUACUAUGAUAAUCUCAACGAUGACAUUCCCUUUGGGUCUGGGCCAGUUUAUGGCAGCUGAGCUUACAACACACGAGUCAAUGAAUGAACUUUUUAGUAAUGUUACUUGGUCCAACUCUCAUCUUGAAGUGGAUGAAGCUAUCAUAGUCAGUCAUUGGACAACUAAGUAUACAAAUAUAUUUGUGAAUUUAGUUGUGUUCAUCGUAAUUACAUUCAUAACAUCUACACUGGCUGCAACAUUGCCUGUGCCUGCUGGUUUAUUCAUACCAGUUUUUAAAAUGGGUGCAGCUUUUGGUAGAUUAGUUGGUGAAUGUAUGGCUUCAUGGUUUCCUGAAGGCAUCACUCUAGGAGGAACUGUAAAUAGAAUUAUUCCUGGAGGAUAUGCUGUUGUUGGAGCUGCUGCUUUGUCUGGAAGUGUUACUCACACUAUUUCUACUUCUGUUAUUGUUUUUGAGCUGACUGGUCAAAUGUCUCAUAUUCUUCCUGUAAUACUUGCUGUCUUGAUUGCAAAUGGAAUAUCACAAGCACUUCAGCCAUCUAUUUAUGAUAGUAUAAUUCAAAUUAAAAAGUUACCUUACUUGCCACCUAUAGUUUCUACAUCAUCAGAAGCCCAUAAUGUAUUUGUUGCUGAUAUCAUGGUUCGUGAUGUUGUUUCUGUUUGGAGAGGAUGUACAUAUAAAGAUCUGAGAAGUAUUUUGAAGUUAAAAAAGCGACUUCAGUUCUUUCCACUUGUGGAAUCAUUAGAGUCUAUGAUAUUAUUGGGAUCAAUUCAGAGAAUUGAACUUCUGAGGCUUUUGGAGUUACAAGUAGGUCGUGAUAGGAGGCUUCAAGAAGCAGCAAAGAGAGCUCAAUUGUCUGAUUCCCCCAAGACGCCUGGAACUGAAAAAAAGCUUUCCCGUUUUGAAGUAGUCCCUGUUGUUGGUAGUACUCGACCUUCCCCAAAGUGCUCUCCCCCACCUUCCCCAGUAGCCACCCCAAAGUCUCCCAAAAAGUCCUUCCUUCGUUAUUCACCUGUUAAUUCCCCAUACAAUACCAUCAAUUCCCUAGAUAUCCGUCUCAAACAAGCUUUUGAGACUGUGUUUAAGAAAACUCUGACUUCUGAUCCAUUUGAAAAGUUUGAAUCCAGUGUACCAAGCACACCUACUGUCAGGAGAUCUCAACAGCCUAGGAUUUUAAUUGAUAUGUCACAAGAAGAACAAUUAGCUUGGGAAGAAGAACAAUUGAACUCUGCUGUAGAUUUCGGCAAAUGUCAUGUUGAUCCUGCACCAUUUCAGCUCGUUGAAAGAACUACACUAAUAAAAGUUCAUUCUCUGUUCUCUAUGUUGGGUUUAAAUUAUGCAUAUGUAACUGCAAUUGGAAGAUUAGUUGGAGUAGUUGCUCUGAAAGAAUUACGAAAAGCCAUAGAAAAUAUCAGCAGUGGACUUUUCAUGCAGAGUAGUAAUCAUUUUGGCAAAAAUACCAAAUCUGAACCACCAUCAGAGACACAAUCAGAGUGUGAGGACAAUAUAGACAUUGGUAAAGUUACUGUUAAAAGACAAAGAAGUCAAGAGGACAACCAAAAUAUUGGUUCAAAUGUGUAACAUUGGUUCUAAAAAAAUGUUCAACAUUAGUCCGAGUUGAAGGUUUUGAAAGUGAGAAGUUUACUUAUUUCCAAGCAAAGUUUCACAUGCAUUUAUGUUUAUUUGUGCAAUUAAAUAUCAUUUGUAUUUAACACUACAAAUGUAUGCUUGUUUACAAUCAAAUACCAAACACCUUGGUAUGGCAUCCAGAGGCUGCGACUUCACCCUUGUUCGGGAUCAUCAGUGUGGAACAACCAUAACGGAACUGGAGGCAGUAUUCCUUUCCUAGAAGCUGAGAUAUAUACUUGCUUGUAUCUACAAAUGCCAGAUCUGAUAUUUAUGAUAUUUAUCAGUAUUUAUAUAUUUAUAUUGUUUUUUUUUUUUUUUCAAAGUUUAUGUUUGCACUUUGUCUCUGAAGAAGAUUGAUAAGCAAAUGUUUUUUUUUUCUUUUAAAAUUUUUUGUCAGAUUUAUGUCAAUCAGAACAGUCCUGGAUAGAUGAUAGCAUUGUGCAAUAGUCUUUGAGGGUCUUUAAUAGUCUAAUAGCAGCUGUGCACAAUAAACUUUCAGAAAAAUUAAAAAGUGUUUUUAAGGUCUCAAAAAAGUUUGUUCCUUAGUAGAGGAAAGCAACAAACAAACUUGAAAAGAAAAAGAGAAAAUCCCCCCCCCCCUUUUUGAGCAAUCACGAUUGCUUAUUGUUUUCAUUUGACAGCUUUGAUGUCCUAUGAUUUUAUUUUCCCACCAGCACCCUCUGCAGCACCACCAUCCACCGGUCGCCCCACGAUGCUGCUCCUCUAGCGAAAACCGUCUCCAGGUUUCGUCAAUAUCCUACACUUACACGCAUACAUACACGCACGCACGUACAAACAAACACACACACACUCAUGCCUGCACAAAGACACAAACACAUAUGCCUACACACACAUACACUCCCCCCCCCACACACACAAACGCUCAUACACACAACUACCCACACUCAUACCUGCACACAAACACACAUGCCUACACACAUACACAUACCGCCUACACACAAACACUCAUACCCCCCCCCCCCCACACACACAUAAACACACACGCCUACAUACACACACACACUCGUUAUUGCGAAAAACGUAAUUUGAAUUCAAGAAGUCAAAAUUCAAAUUAAUUUCCUUUUUUUUUUCUUCUUUACACUUGCAAAGACCUGUUUUGCUGCUUUGACAGAAAUCUGACACAUGUUUAGCUCUACAUAACAUUGUCGUAACAGCUUAAACGGUCUUUGAGCAAUAAUAUAUUCCACAUAUUUGACUGAAAUAUGAACAAUAUCUGACACUAAUUCAGAUAUCAAAGAAAUCAGAAGUACUGCGACAUUGUUUCUUUAUAUGCUGUUUGCUGUCAAAAUGAAUUUUAUAUGAAACAGGAAAGUAAUAAGGAGCAUUUGUAUGGACUGUACAUUGAAGCAAGUAUUUAUGUUCCGACUCUGCUUAUGUUCCUGGUCAUAGAAUCGUUUCCCUGAAUUCCAUUACUUUGAAUUAUACAACUCAAAGUAAUGGAAUACAAUAGUGACUUCAAAGAUUUAAAAACAUUAUUGGACACUACUGCAAUAACAUAUUUGUGUUGAAAUUUAUUAUGUAAUAUUAUUAGAUGACUUGUUGCAAUGAAAGCAACUGCUUAGUAAAGCUCUUUAAUUCCAGCAGAGAUCCUGCUGCCUAUUGUACUAAAUAUAGAUGCAAUGUUGUAGUUCUAUUCUAUCAAUAGUCUGUGAUAAUAAUUAGUAUUACUAUACAUAUCAAUCAUUUUUACUAAAAGUAUUAUGUGAAACUAAAGUAUAUUAUUAUUGUGAGAUGGUAUAAAAUCGUCUCUAUAUAUUUUUAACCAUAUUUGAAUCACUUGUGAUCUCUUUGCAAUGCAACAAAAGUAAGGUAUUUAUUAAAAAAUGCCGACUUUGGUUUUAAGAUAAAUUUUAUGAGCAUCAAAUAUUUAUAUUUUAAUUUCAAUAAAUUUUAUUUAUGUCACAGAUUUACAUAACUUUUUUUUAAAAUUCAUCAUACUUCAAUAUUUUUACUUCAGUAUAAUCACUGUACAAUUGGGACUUUGCAUGAGUUUAAAAUGAAUAAUGAAAUCAUUCAGACAUUCAGAGUGUUCAAAUCAAUUGGCGGUCAAUAGGUUUGAGACCACUAAAAAAUAGUUUGGACCACUAUAAAAUAAAUCUCUGUAGUCCGUAAACCUAAUGUUCAAUCGCUGUCAUUAGGAAGCCAUUUCAUUUUAUUUACCUUUUCUAUCAUAUGAUUAGUAUGAUAAAAGUAAUUUUGUGCAUUUGCAUGUUGGAUAUUUUUUUGUUGCAAAUCAAUUCACUCAUUCUGCAGAUAUUGAUCAUGUAUAGCUCAAAAUUCCUUUUUUUUUUUUUUUUUUUGAGACCAGAUUUCAAUUCUGUUUGGUAUAUUUCAGUGUCUGAAAAUGGCUCAUGAUUCUAUUUUAGUCAUUCUUUUGUACAACAUUGUUAUUAAUUUAGCAUGUUAAGUUAUUAAAUGUUUUCUUGCGUGUACCGAAGCUAAUAUCAGUAUAGUACGUACAUCAAACUAGCUAAUACAUCUAAAUACCUUGACCAAAGAGCCAAAAAGCCUUGCCGGAAUUUCCUCUAGUGGUUGAAUUCUAUAAUUGAUGCUGGAUACUCAAGGCCCAAUUUGGAAGUGUGGAGGCCCCUAAUCAGGGUUCGAAAAGAUCAUCAUAUUUUCGAAAAAAUCCGAUACUUUGAAUAUAUCCAAAUAUUUAUAUAUAUAUAUGUAUAUAUCUGAUAUUUUCGACUUGUGAAAGUUAGGAUAAAUUGUAAAAAUUUUAUUGGGAGCCCACAUUUACCCUUUGUUGUGGAGGCCCCGGGGCUGUAGCUCCGCCUUCCCUCCCCUAAAUCCGGCCCUGUGGAUACUAGAAGGAAAUACAAGUGACUCUAAAAUUAUAAAUCAGUGUGAAAUCAAUACAUUUUGAAUUACAUCCAACUAUUGCAUUUUCUAUAGAUUAAUAUUUUUUGAAAUUAUCAAUUUAUAAUUGACACAUUUUAUUCCUUUGCUCAAAUUUUAUUAAAAUAAGAUAUUUAGCAAAUUUGAUGUGAAUUUGUUGUAUAAAUAAUGUACUGAUGUAAACUGUUCUUUUUUCUUAGAGCCUGUCCGCAAAUGAUGUUGCACUUUGAAGGGGGGG